GCAGAACUGAUGCUUUGAAUCCACGUGGCACAGAACUGGGAGGUGAUUGAGGGAGUUCUCAGGCAACUGCUCAGUGAUUUACCGGCACCUGCAGUGAUGUUUUACCUGGAUGUGGAGGGAUGGAAGGUGCCACUGUCAAGAUACCGGGCACAAAAACAUGGGCAGCUUUGCUGGAAUAAUACUGAGAUGCCUCAUGUCUUUGUGUACCUGGAAAAAGGGCACUGGGUUUUGUACGGGGUAUGAAAACCUUGGUCUUGGAGACGGGGGGGGGGGUAAUGCCAUAGGGAAGAGAGGCUGGAAGACCUGAGUAAGGACAGCACAAGUAAUUCCACGGAGACCUGGGGCAUUUGGAGGCAGCAGAAUCAGUAACAGCUGCAGGCUCUGGGUGGGCUGUUAGUUACAAAGAGGAUGAUGUUCUCUGGGGAUGCUUCCCACUGCGCUGCGGUAUCUGACCUCCUACGGGGACACUCCAGCAGCGAAUGGAGCGGGUCACAAAGCGCUUAUUGCAGGGAAGCAGGGCGGGCUGUUCCUGAAAUGCAGCUGACCGCCAGCACACACUGAUCCUUGGAAGUGUCAUCACUGAAGGAGGAGGAGGGGAGUCCUUCGUCCCUCAGGUGUUGGCCAAUUACCUCAUUAAGUAUUUAAUUGCCGUGUCACGGUGGUCAAUGGAGGGAGCUGCAGCAUCCCGCGAGCUGCGGAGUUGGGCUCAGCCAAGAAGCGGAGCAUCCGUCCACCCCCCCCCCCGCUCCGCGUUGCCAGGCCAACGGCGCGGCGGAUGCCGGCGGUCCCUGCGGCUGUGCCGGCCCCGCAGCGCUCCCAUCGCCUCCCUAUGGGGCGGCCCGGCCCCGCCGCGGGUCCCCGAGGAGCCCCCGCAGGUCCCGUCCCCAUGGCCCACGCUGAGCUCGGCGCCCAGGAGCCGGAGUGCCACAUCUGCUACAGCCGCUACGACGCCCGCAGCCGCCGGCCCACGGAGCUGCUGUGCGGACACCGCCUGUGCGCCCGAUGUCUGCGCCGGAUCGUGGCCCUGGGGGACGCGUCGCCCCGACGGCUCCGCUGCCCGUUCUGCCGCCGGCACGGGCCGCUGCCCGGCGGGGACGAGCGACCGCGGCAGGACGACGGCAACGGGCCGGAGCCGCAGGGCCGUGAUCGGGACCCGCCGUCGCCGCCCGAGGUGCUGCUGUCCCCCGCGGUGCUGCAGCCGCCCGGCUCGGACUGCCUGGUGCUCACCAUCGUGGAGCUGCCCGCCGGGCCGCUGCCCGCGGAGGCGCUGGGUGCGCUGCAGGUUGUUGGGCUGCAGCAACGAACCAAGAGCCGAACCCGGCGGUGCCGGGGCGCCCCGCGCUGCGUGUUGUUCGCGCUGUGCCUGCUGUACUGCAGCUCGCUGCCCCUCGGCAUCUACCUGCUGCUCAGCCGGCACCACGCGCUGGGCCUCGCUCUCGUCAGCCUCCUGCCCGCCGCCCUCCUGCUCUGCGUCUCCUGCAGCCUCUGCCGGUGUCUGUGCCGGGAGCUCUGCGCCUUCCCCUCGCCCUGAGCCGCUCGGCCGAGCCCUGCGCCCGCGAUGGGGGCACAGCGGAGAUGGGGGCACCGCGGAGAUGGGGGCACAGCGCAGCGCGUUGUCCCGAGCCGUGAGCAGCGCUGCCACCCUCGAGUCCCUGCAGCCUGCGGGCGUUCAGCCGCGUCUCAGCUCCUGCUCUGCAGAUGGGGGCGGCUCUGUGCUCUGUGCUCGGUGCUCGGUGCUCGGUGCUCGCCCGGAGGGUCCCGGCAGCGGCCGCAGCCCAGAACACGCAGGAGAAGCGCGGGCAGAGCCCGGGGUCCUGCGGCCGGACUGACAGCCCCGCUGUGUCCAUAGUGUCAAUAGUUGUGUCUGUGUUCCUGAGCUCCUCGCAGGGCUGUGCCCACCGCACCGCGAUCCCUUCACCGCGUGUUGAGUCCCGUUUGGCCGCCGCUGUGUCCCGUACCGAGAGGAGAGGAGAGGAAUCCCUUUGGUGUGUAAAGACUCUUUGCAGCUG